CAACUUCUGCCGUUCCUGUAUCAGAAGGUGUUGGGAAAGGGAGGAGAGAAACUCCUGUCCGGAAUGUAGAGAGGAGUUUGCAGACCGCACCUUCAGGGCAAAUUGGGCCUUAACAAGACUGGCUGAGAAAGCUCGAAAAGUGCACCUGAAUCCGAGAGAGGAGGCAAAUCAACUUCACUGCAAGGAACAUCAGGAAGAACUGAAGCUGUUUUGUGAAACGGACAAGAAAUUAAUCUGUGUGAUCUGUAGAGACGCGCGGGAACACAAGUACCACAAGUUCAUGCCGGUUAACGAAGCAGUUGAAAUCUAUAAGGAUCGGGUGAAAUCUUCCUUAGACUCUCUCACAGAAAAGAAAUCAGACUUACAGGAAAUGGAGCAACAACAGAAAGAGAAGAUUUCAAGAGUUCGGGAACAGUCUCGCAGCCUUCAGACCCACAUCACAUCGCAGUUUGCUGAACUGCGCCAGAUUCUCAUUGAGAAAGAGCAGAGCAUACUCCGAGAUCUCAGGGAAGAAGAGGAGAGGAUUCUAAAUGCAAUGGGAAAAAAUCUUCGACGGAUUCAAGAGAAUUUAAAUUCUAUUCAGAAGAAAUUCUCAAAGUUACAGGAACAGAUGGAUCAAAAAGACAGUGUAGUAUUUCUCAAGGAUGUGGAAGAUUUCAAUGAAGUCAAAUAUCUGCUUUAUUUCUUUCAGGAGGAAUCUUGUCGGAAGAAGAGGAUUAUUGAAGAGAAAGAAUUAUUGUCAGUGGCAGAUGGUGCACUGCCGGUUGAAAAAUUUGAUCAGCCCCUAUUGUAUACGGUGUGGAGAGAAAUGUUUCAUGUCACUAAGCUGAUCUCUGUCAGCCUGGAUGUGGAAACGGCGCAUCCGGCGCUCGAGGUGUCUGAGGAUCGGAAGAGUGUGAGGUGGACUCGGACCCGGAGGGAUCUCUCUGACACCGGGAAGAGGUUCACAAACUGGUUCUGUGUGCUGGCAUCAGAGGGAUUCACAUCGGGGAGACAUUACUGGGAGAUGGAGGUGGCAGGGAAUCAGCGCUGGAUUCUGGGAGUCGCAACAGAGUCUGUGGAGAGGAAGGGAGGUAUCACACUGAACCCAGAGACUGGAUUCUGGACAGUCCGGCGAGUUUGUAACGAGUUUCAUGUUCUGACCUCUCCUCCAUAUCGUCUCCCUGCUGGUCCCAUCCCUGGGAGGGUGGGGAUUUAUCUCAGUUACGAAUCCGGGACUGUUUCAUUUUACAAUGUGGAGACCAAGUCCCAUCUCCACACUUUCACUGUGAAUAAAUUCACAGAGAAACUUUAUCCUUUCUUCUGGGCUUGGGAUGGAAGCCAGUGGCUGAGAAUUUGCAGUUCCCCUCCUGUGCCAUAAAUGGGUGGGGUCCCAGGACCAGUGACAGGAGUACACCUGUGUGAUUAUAAAUAUGGAAAAGGUGAGAUAAACACAAAUAGAUAUUCAACCUGUUAACCCAUUAGUUUUAAUUUCAUUGGUCAAUGGAACAGCGAUAAUUUUUAAAAUUUAUAAACAUUGAAAUAAUCGCGCUUCCCAUGACUCCAACAACAGCGUGGACAUUGGGUCCUGAGCUCCCAAGUUUCCCCUAAAAUCCACUGUAUUGACGUGGUAGUAACAGACAAAGCACUGGAGGAAAACAGCAGGUCGGGCAACACUCAUCAAGAGAUAUGCAUAGUUGAUGUUUCUUGUCGAAACUUCAUAGUAAAUUGACCCUUCGUUAAUAUUAAGAACUAUUGAGAUGAUAACUGGCUUCUCCAUCCUCCCUAUUUGUGCCUUUUACCCUGAGCAUUGUAGAUGAAGGGCCUGAAGCAUUACUGCAGAUUUGCACCAUGCAUCCCACAGUCUCUGUGCUCCACUGCAGUCAGGAAGGAGUUACAGAAGCAUCACGACUGGACUGCCAGACUGGCUAACAGCUUCUUCCAUCAGGCUGUGAGACAGUGAGUACACUGCCACCACCGAGGUCUCAGCAUUAGGACAGCGAACAGUUUACUGUUUACCGGUGAUGUGCACUACAUACAUAUAAAUUAUAUUUUAAUU